CGCUGCGUGGCGGGCUCUGACCCGCUGUUGCAGAUACAAACGGUCGGCGCGAGAAACGCGCCCGGGCGCGGGGGUGCGGCCGCCCGGAUUUGUUGCUGGCGGCUGGGCUGGUUGCAUAGGAACCCCUCCACCCCACUCCCUUUCGGAGUCCGCUUCUUGGCUCCGCGGCUGCUGGGGGAGCACCGAGGAGCUGGCGAGGCUGCCCCUUAGACUGGGCUGAGGUGUCCUCUCUCUGAUGCCGUGACCGAGGCCCCGAGUGGGAGCGAAUGACCAGAUCCAAGCUGUACUUGUAUCUUACUCUUCUUCAAAAUAUUGAUUCCGCUGGUACUGAAGAUGAUGUGUUCCAGGGACAUACUUUGUGGUCAGAAAUUCCAUUACCAGAGGUGAAAUAUUAGAUUAUUUCAAAAGCUGGAGCUGAAUGUAAUGUUAAAUAAUGGCAACAGGCGACUUGAAAAGAAGCUUACGGAACCUAGAACAAAUGCUUCGCUCGCUAAAUUAUCCUCAAGAAGUGGAUUGUGUAGGUUUGAUUAAGGGAGAUUUAGCAGCAUCUUUGCCCAUCAUCAGCUAUUCUCUUACCUCAUAUUCCCCUUAUGUAGCAGAACUUCUGAUGGAAUCCAAUGUAGAGCUCAUAGCAAAGAAUGACUUGCGCUUUAUAGAUACCGUCUAUAAGCUUCUUCGUGAUCAAUUUAACUAUAAACCAAUCUUGACGAAAAAGCAGUUUCUCCAAUGUGGAUUUGCAGAAUGGAAAAUCCAAAUUAUUUGUGAUAUUUUGAACUGUGUGAUGAAAAAGCACAAGGAGUUGAGUGGUCUUGAUAAGACUCCCUCACUACAAAAAAAGAAAGUCAAUUUUGUUAAGUCAGAACCUUGUUCAAGCAGCGAGAAGUCAUCUGCAGAAUCUGUUGGCAUUGAUAUCACUGGCAGGUUCAUGACUUCAGGAAAGAAGAAAGCUGUGGUGAUCCGUCACCUCUACAAUGAAGAUGGUGUGAGCAUUUCUGACAGUACAUUAAGUACAAUGUCAGAUGUGAGUGAAGCAUGUGCUGUGAGUGACUUAAAGGAUACUGAAAUAAAGACUCCUGAAGAAAAGAUCCCUGAAAUCAAGUCUGAGCAACAAGAUAUUAAAGCUAAUCCUGAGCUUACUGUACUACAGACUCUGCUUGCUGAAUGCCAAGAAAAGCUUAAGAAACUGACUCAGAUAGAGUGCAGAUUAAAUUCUUUAGAAGAAAAAAUGAAAGGAAAAGUGAUGGUAGAUGAAAAAACCUGGACCAAUCUAAUAAGUCGUGUCACUCUUCUUGAAACAGAAUUGCUUUUGUCCAAAAAGAAUGAUAACUAUUUUUACUAUGAUGAAAUGAAUGAAGACUGUGCUUCUGGUAGUAGCAGGAAUAUUCUGAAACUUGAUAACAGAAGCAAAGAGAAGGAAGUAGGUAUUCCUCUGACUUCCUGUUAUAGAACAACAUCUAGAGACUCAACUCCCAGAACCUCAACUCUUAAUUACUGUGGUCUGAAAGAGAUUUCAGAGGAAACAACAAUCCAGAAAAUGGAAAGGAUGAAAAAAAUGUUUGAAGAAACUGCAGAGUUACUGAAAGGUUCAAAUCACUCACUAUAGAAUUUUUCUACAUGAACUUUUCCAGGACUUUGGCUACUGUAUAUGUUGUAUAUUUUAAGAAUUCCCUAUAAAUUUUAAUAUACUGCAGUAUUUUUGUUAAGAAUUUUAAUUCCAUUUGGUAUAUGAGCUUUUUCAUGCAAUAUUGAAUAAAUACUUAAAUAUUUUUGUGGUA